AUGAGGUUCCACACGUUGGCAAAGGUCCUGCUCUUUGAGCUCUUCAUCCAGCAUGCUUUCGCCGCAAGCAUUAGGAGCAUCUAUCUAUUCAAAGAUGUGAUGGUCUCGAACACAACGGCAUUGAAGACCUCCGGGUUCAACAGUCUCAUCAUGUUCGGCGUCGGCAUCCUUGACAACGGGGACAUCAUGUACUAUUCGAACACGCCUGGGAGCAGUGACGUGCUAGUAGCAUCCAACGGCACCUACGUCGGCGGUGACGCGCUUGCCAACAAAGUCCGCUCAUUCAAGACGGGCACCACGGGGAUCAACAGGCUGGAGAUCUCUAUGAACUCCCAGCACGUCCGCGAAUUGAUGGCCAGCCCAGGGCCAGGAGCCAGUACGCGUGUCUAUCGCAACUUCCAGGCUCUGAAGACGGCAUGGACCCUUGAUGCGGUCAACAAUGAUGACGAGUCCAUCUACGACGUCUCGAGCACGGUAACCUUCGCGAAGAUGCUCGGUCAGGUGGGGUAUAAGUACACGAUUGCGCCAUACACCAAUUCAGGCUUUUGGAGCUCCGUCGUGAAACAGGCCAACAACGGUCUCAAGGAGCCAAAUCUGCUGGUGGACAGAGUGUACCUACAGUGCUACGACGGCGGCGCAGGAAACAACCCUGCAGGUUGGCAGAGCACGCUUGGUAUGAAGGUUGUGCCGCUCGUGUGGGUGACCAACGAUUCGAAGCCGUCACAGGGAACGACCGUGGCGCAAGCGCGGACCAAGUUUUCUGGUUGGAAUCAAGGAGCAGCGCUUGCCGGCGGUGGCUACUGGAACGAUUACGAUAUCGAGAAGAUGAAGCUAUCUUACACGGACUAUGGAAAUGUCCUAACAAGCAUCUUUCCAUGA